CAAGGCAGUGGGGAGGACGCGUUGGGCUGGAGAAGGCGGGCUGGGCAGGCGUACGGGUAGGGCAUUCCCAGGUGCUUGCGGCUGAAGCGGGAAAUCUUCAGCUGACAGCCCAGCUGUGCGCAUCCAUCCCUCUGCCAGUAGCUGCCACCGCACAGCUGAAUUCCAUUAUUUGAAGUUCAGACAUUCUUGGGAAUCAGCAUUCCUGUGAACAUGAAGUUGAGGGCUUCAACCAAUUAUUUUGUUUCCUUUUUUCCAUUUUUUUAUCUGGCAGGCCUGAAAUACUCAACUGCUAUUGGAAGUAAUGUUCGUGACAUGAUACAUGGAAUCACAGUUCACGUACGAGAUGAACUAAAAGGUUAUGGACCAAUUUUUGAAGAGCAACCCAUUGAUACGGUAUACCCAGAAGAGUCUCCAGAUGCAAAAGUGUCAAUGAACUGCAGAGCCAGAGGAAUCCCUACACCUACUUACAAGUGGCAACGUAACAACUGGGAUGUUGAUAUUAAACUGACAAAAGAACAUUAUAGUAUGGUAGGAGGUAACCUGGAAAUCAAUAAUCCUGAGAAGUCAAGGGAUGAAGGAACGUAUGUUUGCAUAGCAUACAAUAUACAUGGAACUAUAAGGAGCCGGGAAGCAACUUUAAACUUUGGUUAUUUAUAUCCUUUUCCUCCGGAAGAGAGACAUGCAGUAAAAGUACGAGAAGGUGUAGGUGCUGUUCUUCUCUGUGAUCCCCCAUCUCAUUAUCCAGAUGAUCUAAGUUAUCGCUGGUUUCUGAAUGAUUUCCCAGAAUUCAUUACUUUGGAUAAACGGCGAUAUGUGUCACAAACAAAUGGUAAUCUUUACAUUGCCAAAGUUGAACCUUCUGAUAAAGGCAACUAUUCAUGCUGUGUGACUAGUAAUUCAAUUACUAAGAGUGUAUUCAGCAGUUUCAUUUCACUUAUUCCUCAAGCAGAUCGGUCAAAAGGCUAUGUGCCAGAUAUCAGAGUGAAGUUCAAAGAUACAUAUGCACUUUUAGGACAAAAUGUGACACUAGAAUGCUUUGCGCUUGGAAACCCUGUUCCUGAACUUAGAUGGAGUAAAUAUCUUGAACCAAUGCCAAGCAGUGCAGAUAUAAGCUUGUCUGGUGCAGUUCUAAAGAUCUUCAAUAUUCAGUUUGAAGAUGAAGGAAUAUAUGAAUGUGAGGCUGAAAAUUACAGAGGAAAGGAUAAACAUUCAGCAAAAGUGUAUGUUCAAGCAUAUCCAGAAUGGGUGGAACAUAUUAAUGAUACUGAAAGAGAUAUUGGCAGUGAAUUCCAUUGGCCAUGUAUAGCUGCAGGCAAGCCUAUUCCAACAAUCCGGUGGCUGAGAAACGGAUUACCGUAUUGGAAAGGAGAAUUGAGAUUUUCUAGCCUGAAGCUUGAAGAUUCAGGCAUGUAUCAAUGUGUAGCAGAAAAUAUACAUGGAAUGAUUUAUUCAAAUGCUGAAUUAAAAGUUAUUGUUUUACCUCCAACCUUUGAAUUCUACCCAAUGAAGAAAGAGGUUUUGGCUGCAAAAGGAGGACAGGCUAUAAUUGAGUGCAAGCCUAGAGCAGCUCCUAAACCAAAAAUUAUCUGGAGUAGAGGGACAGAAAUUCUUAGAAACUCAACCAGGAUACGUAUAUGGUAUGAUGGCAGCCUAGAAAUUAUUAAUGUUACAGCAGUAGAUGCAGGCAAUUACACCUGUUUUGUGGAAAACAACAAAGGAAAAGCUAAUAGUUCUUCUGCUCUUAUAGUCACAGCUGCAACAAGGAUAACAUUAGCACCGACUAACGUUGAUGUCAUUGUUGGAUUGAAUGCUACCAUGCAAUGUCUUGCAUCCCAUGAUCCUUCUUUAGACCUGACUUUUAUUUGGCUCUUAAAUGGAUAUCCAGUAAAUGUUGAUAAAGAGAGUGAUUAUUAUGAAAGAUCUAUCAUGAUAAAAGACAAUGGUGAACUUAUUGUCAAGAAUGCCCAGUUGCGACACGCUGGAAGAUACACAUGUGUUGCUCAGACAAUUGUUGAUAAUGCCACAGCUUCAGCUGAUCUUGUUGUGAGAGGUCCCCCAGGACCCCCUGGUGGACUCAAAGUAGAAGACAUUAAAAAUACAUCUGUAAUUCUUACAUGGAGCCGUGGGAUAGAAAAUCAUAGUCCUAUAUCAAAUUACACUAUUCAGUCAAGGACUUUUCUGUCCGAGUAUUGGAAAGACAUGAAAACAGAUCCUUCCAUUGUUGAUGGAAAUGCGGAAUCAGCAAAAGUUAUUGAUUUAAUUCCAUGGAUGGAAUACGAAUUUCGUAUAAUGGCCACUAAUAUUUUAGGGACAGGAGAUCCUAGUAUACCAUCACAGAAAAUUAGAACAGAAGGAUCUCCUCCAAAUGUGGCCCCUUCUGAGGUUGGAGGAGGAGGUGGAAGCAAUAGAGAAUUGACAAUAACAUGGGUGCCUUUGCCAAAAGAGUAUCACUUUGGUAAUAAUUUUGGAUAUGUGGUAGCUUUCAAGUCCUUUGAUCAAAAUGAUUGGAAAAGUGUUAUAGUUCCUCAACCUGAAAUUGGUCGGUAUGUCCAUAAAGAUGAAUCAAUGCUUCCUUCAUCAAAGUAUCAAGUAAAAGUGAAAGCAUUUAAUAACAAAGGGGAAGGACCUUUUAGUCUUACUGCUAUUAUCUAUUCGGCAGAAGAUGCUCCCACUGAAAGGCCUAGAAAUGUGAAAAUAAAAGUUCUGUCAUCCAUGGAAGUAUCUGUUUCCUGGGAGCACAUUUUCAACCCAGCUGUUACAGGGUAUGAGAUCAGUUACUGGUCCAGCAGUGAAAAAGAAUUAGCUGCAAGUAGAGUGCAAGUGAGCAGUCAGAAUUUUUCAGUAAUGUUAGAAAACCUGAAACCUUAUACAAAAUACUAUACAAAAGUGGCAGCUUUCAAUGCAGCUGGCAUUGGACCUUACACUUAUCCUUUGGAUUUUGUUACAGAAAAAGCACCUCCAAGGCAGCAACCAAGAAUUAUUAAUGCUGUAAGGUCCGGUUCAAAGUACAUCAUCACAUGGGAGCAUGUUAAGUCACAGUCCAACGAAUCUACUGUGAAAGGAUAUAAAGUACUCUAUAGACCAGAUGGUCAAUUUAAUGGCACACUCUUUAAGACCGGUAACCAUUAUAUAGAAGUUCCUGCACCUGUUAAAGGUCAGUACAUUGUUGAAGUUCGGGUCCACAGUGAAGGGGGAGACGGAGAAGUAGCUCACGUAAAAAUUCCAGGAGCUGCUGCUGGCAUAUUACCUAGCUGUCUUGGUUUAUUGUUGCCUGCCCUUGGUAUCCUUAUCUUUCUGAAAUUCUGAAUGUAUCUGAACAUGACCUCAGUUUAGUGCAAAGGACUGAAUCUACAAGAAAUUCUUCUUGUUUUCAAGUUCUUGAGGCAUUGUCCUAAGCCAAAUAAAUUACACUUCCAAGUAAAUUAUCUUCCUGACUUAACUAUGGAACUUCAAGGACUGAGAAACCUAGAAACUCCUUCAUCAAGCAACUCAAGUUUUGAAAGUUUGAGGAAUACUUUUUAACAUGUUCAAUUAUGCCUUAUGAAACACUUCUGCUGAUCUGCAACAGUUGCAUGAUUCGGUCCAAUGGGGCAAGUUACAGUGUAGUGUUAAAUCUAAUAAUGUAAGCUGUAUAGUAAAAAUAAAAUCACCACACAUAGGUGCUUUAACUUUCAUAAUAAAUUGUGAAAACAUAAUAGAGAUUGAAAAAUUGAUUGUAUGUGGUAUAUGUAGAAACAACUAAGUCUGUCCGUAUUAUCCUGUCUGUUUUGUGUACUGCGUUUUUUUUAAUGGCCCCUGUCAUUUAUGACUUUUCAGGUUUUUAAAGAUACAGUCAAAGCAAAAGCAUUGCACUCAUUUUACAGCUUUUGUAUUUGAAAUGAAUAAAUGGAUUGAAAACACUAGAAUGCAGGUUAAGGAGUAAAAGACUUUAUUUCUGGAUCCUUUAAUAAGUGUUAACAGCAAGGGAUUCCAGUACUUUAAUUAUAUAAUGGUAAUUUAACUCAACAUAUUGUUUUAAAUAAUGCAAAUCCAGUGGGAUUUAUUUCAAUCACAGAGAAGUUUAUUUUGCUGUAAAUGAUCUUAGUAGUGUGGGAAUCCCCCCCUCCCAGAAGAAUGAACUAUUUUGAGGAAUAUUAAAAAAGGCAGAAUAAAAUAUUUCCCCAAAAAAAGAAAUCUUAAGGGAGACAAAAACUCAGAGUCCCAGCUCCCUGCCCCCAAGCAGAUAUUGGGGAGGCAGCUUUUAGAAAUGCAGAUUUGGUAAUCGGUUGAAGACAGAAUAUUUUGAAAUUCCCUGCAGCAAAGUCUGAACAAAGACAGAGUGAUAGGAUUAGCCCUCACUCAAGAUCCAAAACAGGACAAAAGCCAUUAAGCCAAAAUAGGAAUUAUUGCAUAACCUCAGCAGUCCAAACUUCAACGAAACUUAGCUCAGACAAAAACCUAGGAUUUGUACUUUGUCUAUAACCCCUACAUGACCCCAUGGGAGUCUGACAAUAGCCAUUCUUAAACAGGAACAGGAAGCUCGAGUGCAAAGCCCAAGAGAAGUAUAAAAACCCCUCACUCUCAACUCCAUUUUGUCAGUUGCACUAGAACCACAAGCAUGUGGUCCUGUUCAUCAAUAAAUGGACCCUCUUUCCAAUCAGCCUCCAGCCUCCAUUUUGUCUCCAGUGCCUUUCUUCUGGAAUGGAACUGAACCAGAUGGAUAUUUCUUCCCACAAUAGCUAUAUAAACAAAUUUACUUUUAGUAUUUUAUCUAAAUGUAAUUGCUACAUUUGAGUAAGUUGACUUCUAUCCAAAUACAUAAUUUAGAUUUUAACAUUACAGACACCUUAUUUUACUCAUUUAUACACAUUAUAAAUAUGAUGGAAAUUUGAAACGUAAUUACCUGAUUGCAUAAAUAUUGAAAUGAAUAUAGUAUUUAAAAUAGUGUUUAAAAACCAAAGCAAAUACUGUAAUAACAAAUAAACAUGCAGUAAAAAGAAAACAUAUUAGCAGUUAACAAAAUCUAUCUGAAAGGAUUUUUCCCCCUCUGAGACACAUAUGGAGUUCUUUUAGUGAACGCCAACGUGGAGGAAAAUAAUUUGCAUUUUCCAAUAAAUUAACAUUGUUUUAUUUCCUAGAGUUGUAAAUAAGAGUUGUAAUGUCCUAAUCAAUUUUUCCAUAAUUAUCCCAAGAGAUAGAUUUAUUACAAUUCAAAAAUAGAGCUCAAUUAUUGUUUCCUUCAAGUAUGUUUUCAAAUUUAGGGUUCCCACAAAACAUAAAGAAUGUCUUUGUUCUGACUGUUUGUUCUAUGCCGUAUUUAAAUUUUUAAAAAAGGAAUACUUACUUCUUUCAGAAACUAUGGUGUAUUGAGAAUUUGAUAUGAAUUAAAAGAAAAAAACUGUUCAAGUUAUACUGAAUCAUCGGCUCAAGUAAUAGUGCAAAUGUCUGAUGCUUCCAGAAUUAUAAGCUUGGAGUCAUUAUUUUAUUAGCAGACCUUGCUAGCUGCUUUAGAAAUAGAAUUUAACUUUUUAGAACUGAUAUUGUAGAUGCCCAUAAUGAUACCGUCCAUGUGAAGCAAGAACCGAUCUGUCAGUACUUUACACUUGUUCUUUAAUUUGUAUGACUUUGUAUUAUAUAUUUACAUUUUAAAACUCUUCAUGCAAAAUAUCAAUAAUACUGUUUUACUUUUGUUACAGUUUUUACUUUUUUUAAAGGAUAAUUUCUUUUUAACUGAUGUUAGAAAAUUCAUAAAUGUUAUUCAUAAUUAUAUACUUAUUUGAAGAAACUAAAGUUCAUGCAUUAGAAACUAAUGUCUUUGGGAGUCUUCUAUAUAUUUUGAUUUGGUUCACUUUUAUGCAAGGUAUCUCAUGUUUUAUAUAACCUACAUUCACAAUUUUUGUUUUUUGUUUUUGUUUUUGUUUUUGCCAAAAUGCAUGUCUGCCUAUUGAAUUUCUAACACAUGAUAAAAAUAUCAAAAAUAGAUAUUUUUGCAUGAAUAACAUUUGAAAAAUGAAAGCAAAUGUAUUUAAUUUAAGCUGCAAUACACCUGAGCGAGAUUUCAUCGCUCAGACUAAUAAACUAAUCCCAGAUUUUCAUUGUUCUAUACAGCUGUACAGAUUUUACUGAAAUACUCAGCUACCAACAGUUGUUGGCACAACUAAUUAUAUACUGUAUCAUCUGGUUUACAGUAUAAGGUUCUUAAUUAAAGUUUAUAUAGAUACAUUGCUUGUUUCUUUGUAUUUCAGGCAAUAUUAUUACUGGUAUUUUAUACUGGUAAAUAUUAAAUUUUUAAAGUUACUUUUUAUCAUUUUCUUUACUAUUGAAUAGACCAGGACUAGACCAGGAGUAGUAACGGGAGCCGCUCGUGGCUCCCACGUAACAUCACUACUCCGUAGCCUGCACUGGCUUCCUGUGGUUUUUCGGGUGCGCUUCAAGAUCUUGGUUACCACCUUUAAAGCGCUCCAUGGCUUAGGACCCGGGUACUUACGGGACCGCCUGCUGUUACCUUUUGCCUCCCACCGACCCGUACGCUCUGACAGAGAGGGUCUCCUCAGGGUGCCGUCCGCCAAACAGUGUCGGCUGGUGGCCCCCAGGAGUAGGGCCUUCUCUGUGGGAGCAGCGACGCUCUGGAAUGAACUUCCCCCUGGCCUACGUCAAGUGCCUGAUCUUCGGACCUUCCGUCGUGAGCUUAAAACACACCUAUUUAUUCAAGCGGGACUGGCAUAACAGUGUUGAAUUUUAAUUUGGGGUUUAUUAAUAUUUUAAAAUUUUAAUAUCUAAAUUUUUAAUUUAUCAGCCUUUAAUCUGCUAUGUUUUAAAUAUUGUUUUAAUUGUAUAUAUGUUGUUUUAUCGUUGGCUGUACACCGCCCUGAGUCCUUCGGGAGAAGGGCGGUAUAAAAAUUUAAUAAAUAAUAAUAAUAAUAAU